AGCUAGACGCAGAAGAAAUAUCAAGGGAUUUUCUAUUCACGUGAAUUACUUCUGUUUUCUGAAAACAAGUCCAAAGUUCAAGGAUGUCAUUUAAGGAUGAAUAAUGAUGUGUUUGUGACGUAGAAGAAGAUAUAAAAGCGACUGUAAGAACAAGGAAUAUAAUCAUUCUCUCCUGAACAAUGUCUGCUGUACUGGUGCUCGCUUUGGUUCUGCUGUCUCUAACAUGCGUAACGGAUGCCAUAUCGGACGCCUGCUUGACGUGUAUAUGUAAACAAGAAUCUUAUGGCUGCACACAGAUUGGAUGUAGGAUGGACGGAGGGUCCCUAUCCUGCGGGUAUUUCCAAAUCAAGAAGUCCUAUUGGAUCGACUGUGGUCGACUUGGAAGUAGUUGGGAAGCAUGCGCUGAUGAUUAUAACUGCGCAGUUAGGUGUGUUCGUGCCUACAUGAAAAAAUACAUCGGAAACAGUGGAUGUACAGCUAACUGCAAGAACUACGCAAGACUUCACAAUGGCGGACCAAAAGGCUGCACCAAACCAUCAACGCUGACCUACUGGAAUGACGUGAAGAAUCAGGGGUGCAGCAUAAAUUCCUGAGCUGCCGAAAAACCCAGUCCUGCGUUACAUUUGUAGUGUAGAAAUGAUCGUAAAUAAAAUAAUAUUCAAGCAUCA